CCGCCGGCUUCCGCGAGGGCCGGCAGUGCCCCGCAGGGGUAUCGAGGGCGUCGUUCCCGAGAGCAGGGCGCGCCCGGGCGGUCACCUCUAGCGCGUGGAAACUCCCCUCUGCAGCCGGAGCGGAGCGGUGCCGAGCUGAGCGACCUCUGCCCCAGCUCCGUGUCGGUGCCGGGGAGGUGACUGCCGAGCAUUUCAGAUCUGUUGGGUGAAUCAGUGCGUCACCAUGCUGGCUGCAAGGCUCGUGUGUCUGCGGACACUACCCUCUAGGGUUUUCCACCCAGCAUUCACCAAGGCCACCUCCCCCACCGUGAAGAAUUCCACCAAGAAGCAUCAAUGGCUCUUAACACCCAGCAGGGAAUAUGCCACCAGGUCAAGAUUUGGAAUCCGCCGGGGAAAAACUGCCCAAGAACUCAAAGAGGCAGCGAUGGAACCAUCAGUAGAAAAAGCAUAUAAAAUUGAACAGCUAGGAAAAUGCUUCCUUGCCGGAGGGGCUGCCGUGGGUCUUGGAGCGUUGUGCUACUACGGCUUGGGCAUGUCGAAUGAGAUAGGGGCCAUUGAAAAGGCUGUAGUCUGGCCUCAGUAUGUGAAGGACAGGAUCCACUCCACCUACAUGUACUUGGCAGGCAGUGUGGGCUUCACAGCUCUGUCUGCCUUGGCAGUAGCCAGAAGCCCUGUUCUCAUGAACUUCAUGAUGAGAGGCUCGUUGGUGACAGUCGGUGCAACUUUUGUAGCCAUGAUUGGAGCUGGAAUGCUGGUGCAGUCCAUACCCUACGAGCAGCAGCCAGGCCCGAAGCAUCUCGCCUGGUUGCUCCAUUCCGGUGUGAUGGGAGCGGUGGUGGCGCCUCUAACCAUCCUGGGCGGCCCCCUCCUUGUCAGAGCGGCGUGGUACACGGCCGGCAUCGUGGGCGGCCUGUCCACCGUGGCCAUGUGCGCGCCCAGUGAGAAGUUCCUGAACAUGGGCGCGCCCCUGGGCGUGGGCCUGGGCCUCGUCUUCGCCGCCUCGCUGGGCUCGAUGUUCAUCCCGCCCACCACCGUGGCCGGCUCCGCUCUGUACACGGUGGCCGUGUACGGCGGGCUAGCGCUAUUCAGCAUGUUCCUUCUGCACGACACUCAGAAAGUCAUCAAGCGCGCGGAGAUCACGCCGGUGUACGGAGCCCAGAAGUUCGACCCCAUCAAUUCGAUGCUGGCGAUCUACAUGGAUGUGUUAAACAUAUUCAUGCGAGUGGCCACCAUGCUGGCAGCGGGCGGCAACAGGAAGAAGUGAGCCCCGCACCGGCCUGGGCCACGCCGCGCGCCUCGUUCAGCAGGCGAUGUCGGUGGCACUCUGGUGAAGCAGCCCUGCUGAGGUGUGGCGGAGGAGGAGGCCGUGUCGGACGGCUCAGUGUUCAGGAACGUGACCCCGAGGUCUGCUCUUUUAGAGAAUAAAUUCCACAGUUCUCUUCCAAAUAAGCACAUAAAUACUUCCAACUCUCAUAUCUGAGUAAUUUUAAGACACUUUGUUGAACAAAUACAAAAACUAAAGUUUAUGUUAGGAGGACAUGUAUUUUACCUAAUUUUGAGUUUACUAGAGUAAGUGAAAUUUAGCAUAUGUGUGUGUGCCUGUGUCAUUUUGGGGCACACUGUUUUUGGGGGUUUUUGUUUGUUUUUGAGAGAUGUCUCUGUGUAGUUCAGGCUGGCCUUGAACUCACUGUGCAGCUCAGGCUGGCCUGCACUCAGGCCAGGAACUGAGGCCGUCCUCCUGCCUCAGCCUCCGAGUGCUGAGGUUACAGACACGCACCACCACGUUGGACUGGGACGCUAAACACUGGAGUGAUGCUGCAAGUGAUGUCCAGGCUGUGGCACAGAGACCAGAGUAGGCUCCCGCACCACUGUCCCCGCUCUCGGGCUCUAGCACACCCCAGACUGGUGAGGCCUGUUUUUGUGCUUGCCUUUGGAUGGAGCCGGGCUCCUCCCCUGCUCUGCAGCUGGGUGCUGUCUCCACGGAGCUGCGUCGGGAUGCUGCCGAGUGUCUGUCACCUUGGCUGUCCCCAGUGGGAUCGUGUCUGUGAGUUUUCCUUCGGCUUCUCUAAAGCAGCAGAUCCCUGAACAUCUCUAAGUCAACUGUUCAAAACACGACAUUUGCUGCUUUUUACAGUACACAAGCAGCAUGCUUACAGCCACCAGGAUUUGUGGCAGCAGUGCUGAGGUCUGAUUGAAUAUGUGCCGACUUUUUUCAGCUCUUCAGUCUUGAUGUCAUUAGAAAAACCUGCCGUGGCAUACACCAGGGAUUUUUAUCAAAGCAGCUUUUCUCCUAAGCUGCUGGACUCGCCUUCCGUCUUAGGUGAAGCACUGUAAAGCAAAGCUAGCCGCCUGAAAAAGUGGAUCCGAAGUGGGGUGGGGAGAGUGCGCCAAAGUUUGCCCAGCAGUUUUCUUUGUGUCCUGCGUGGACCAUGACGGCACACUUCUCAGUGCUUGAACACAGAACCAGAAGGAUUCAGUGGUGGGAAGAAGUCUGUACGAUUGCUUAGAUGAUGGGUACAUUUGGUAAGUAUUUAUUGCAGAAAUCGGGAAAUGACUUUUAACCAUCUCAUAGUGCGUAGAAUGCAUACUUGUGAAACAAUAAAGCUUCUGCCCGAG